UUAUUUUAUUUUAUUUUUUGCAUCCUUGUAUGUUAGCUUCAUGACCAGCACCAAAGGAAACUAAGCAAGCAACAGAGUCUACGCCCUUCCAUUUCGCAUCGCCAUGAAAGCUCUGCUCAAUCCAGAACCUCCUCUCUCAAUCCACAUCAUCAAUCAACGGAAUAUCACCCGUCCCAAACUCCAUGCUUCUCUUCGAUUCAUUCCAGACCUUUGGAUUCGUAGGAAAUGCUGUUUGACCGUUACAGCUGCGCUCGACUCGGCGACUAUUGAUCAGCUGGGGAUUCCGGAAUCUGAUAUUAAGAAUCCGUCGGUUUCUUCUUCGUAUCGCAGUUCUAACUUCCCGAAACCCAAUAAGACGGUGCUGGAAGCACAAGCUAGGGUUUGCACUGGACCUACACAGACCAGGCCGCUUAAUGAAGAUCAAGCCUUUAAAGUUUUGGACACCAUUUUAAGAUCAGUUAGAGGAGAGAUUAAAGAUGAGGAGGAAGUUUCGAAAGCGCAGCUGGGGGCCUUUUUCGCGGCAAUGACAAUACGUGCAAAUGCAUUUCCGGAAGCAACUCAAUGGAGUGAAGGGGAAAAGCGGGCAAUGAAUAAUUUUUGGCCUCUGUUAGUUCGAGCUCUACCGCCUGAUGUUAUCUUUAUUGCGGAUCCCGAAGGCUCGAUUAUGGGAAUUGGGAGUUCAGUUGGUCCUCAAUAUGUUGGUAAUCAUACAAGCGAAAUGAGAUUGGUUGGUGCCCUUAGAGAGAUCUUGGCUGGUGCUCACCUUGGAUAUGAGGAGGUCCAAGGUGUUUUAAGAGAUGUUCUUCCCUUGAAAGUUGGAGAUAAUGAAUGCUCUGGAGUCGGUGAAUCAUUGCUUUCAGCAUUUUUUAUUGGCCAACGUAUGAACAGGGAAACUGAUCGAGAAUUGAAGGCGUACUGUCUUGCAUUUGAUGGUGAACUUGGUCCACCGCCUGUUGCUGAUGUAAGCUCAUUGACUCAUUAUGGUGAACCUUAUGAUGGAAACACGCGUUUCUUUAGGAGCACUUUGUUUGUUGCUGCGGUUAGGUCCUGUUAUGGCGAAUCAUCAUUGCUUCACGGUGUGGAAUGGAUGCCGCCUAAGGGGGGUGUAACUGAGGAACAAAUGCUGAAGUUUAUGGGAGCAAAUACGAGCUUGACCCCUUUGCAGGCUAAAGGACUUCUUGAGGAUGAUGAGGUUGGUUUUGCCUACAUAAGUCAGCGUGAAGCUUCCCCAUCUCUAUAUUCAUUGAUUGGGUUGAGGGAGCACAUAAAGAAACGUCCCCCACUAGCUACAACUGAAAAGGUUCAACAAUUUGUGAGGGCUCGGGGAAAGGAAGCAAUGGUUGCUGGAUUUUAUCAUGAAGCUUAUGAGGAGCCUCUUUUAAUGCUCAUGAAAAGAAGAGGUGUUAAUUCCGGUUUGGUGGUGAAGGGUGAGGAGGGGGCCCUCUCAAUGACAACAAGAUUGCGUUCUGCAAAUGCAUCAAAAGGACUCCCUGUGAACUAUUGUUCAGGGUUUCGUUCAUUGAGCAUGGCAUCUGCUUAUGAACUUGAUGGGGUGUCAUGUGAAAGUUUCAAUAUUGAGGUUAAUGCCAAGGACUAUGGCUUUCAACCCACUGAUACACCAAGAACUGAUAGAUCGGUCUCCCAGAAUAUAGAGCUGGGUUUAGCAGCUCUUCGUGGUGAAAAAGGUCCAGCAUAUGACCGAAUUGUUCUCAACGCUGGAAUGGUGGAUCACUUGCUGGGAUGUGAUGGUGCAGAAGAUAUCUCCUCAGCCCUAGACAGAGCCAGAGAGGCCAUUGACAGUGGUAAGGCUCUUAAAAGGCUAUUAAAUUACAUAAAGAUCUCUCACAGAGUUAGGUAACUGAGGCCCAACUGGUGCCUAUUUCCUUAAAUUUGCAUCAGAAUUUGUAUACACGGGUGUUGUAAAUUUGAUAUUAUUUGAUGUUUCUGCACGUUGAUGAGAAAGAAAGAGGAGAAGGAAAUAAGUAUGAGGCUUUUCCCAUUCGAUUUUUGUAAAUUAGGAUAGCAGUUAACCUGAUUGUUAAGAUAUCAUUUGUUUUUUC